ACAGACAAUCAGAUACAAGCAAAAGCAAAUGGCAAAAUAUAGUGCCAAGUGGUGGUGGAAUAAUGUUUAUAUAUUGUAAAAUACCUUCUUCUUAUAGAUUUCUAAUAACUUUAUUUUCGUUUGGUAUUGGUAUUUAAAGUCUGUUAAUUUACCUUAGUAAGAAGUGCAUCAUAUUUCCUAUAUUCAUGUUCGCUGAGUGUAACAUACAAUGUCCGACAAUAAAAAGUUUGAUUUUCCCCACGAAGGGGACACAUCGGACAACAUCGAUAGCUAUGUAGCAGUGUCCACUAGUGAAAUAUCCAGUGCUGCUGAAAGUGUUAGAUCAACUAAGACUCCACAGCGCAGUACAUCAUCAUCCGACAGACAAAUAAAGUUUGAGCGUGCUCAAAAGGCUUUAGAAAAUGCUGCUCUUGUUUCUAAACGCAUCAAAGAACAUCGAAAAGCAACUGCUGAAUUACUUGGACGACCAUUUGAGGAAGAUGAUGCUGGGGACACUGCUUCAGAAAUGGCAUCCACCAUGAGUGAACGGACAGGCUACUCUGCUGUUACUGACACAUCUACCACUUUGUCUGUAAAAGAGGCCUUAAACAUACCUGGUAUUAGUGAAAGUUUAGCAAAUACUUUAAAACAAAAGGAACUUCUAAUGGAGAGAAUUAAGCAAUACAAGGAAAUUAGUAAAAGACCAUCAUCUAUCAAGUCUUCCAGUAGGAAGGAGUCCAUAACAAAUAUAAAAACAGAAGUAAAAAAGACUUCAGAUAAUAUGGAUUUGACUCAACUUAUAAGCACUGUAAAAGAGAAGGAAAACAUGUUAAGUGUAAUGCAAGUGAAAAUGAAAGCAAUGGAAACUACAAUAUUGGAUUUGCAAGAAAAACUUAAUGAGAAGGACCAAAUUAUUGAAGCUAAAAAUAUGGCGACAACAUUGAUGUCAGAUAGUUUGAGUAAAAAAGACAAAGAUUCAAUGAUAUUACUAGAAGAUACAAGGCAACAAAUGACUAAAAUGCAGGAAAAUUUUGUGUCUAUGGAGUCUGAAUGGAAAGAAGAAAAGCAAAAACUAUUGAAAGAAAUUGAAGUCAAAGAUGAAAAGAUAAAAAAUCUAGAGGAAGCAAACACUAUACUGGAAAAUUCACGAUUUGAAAUAAGUUUAGCUCAUUCAAAAUUAGCUGAAGAAUUGGACCUUAAAAAUAAAGAAAUUCAAAAUCUUAUGGCAAGUAUAGACAAAUUAUCACAAACCAAAGCAGAGACACCGUCAGUUAAAGAGUUAGAAGAUGUGGAAGAAGAAAAAGGUUCAAAAGAAAUAGCUAGUAUGGUUGAACUGACCAAGAAAAUUGAGUUAUUGGAGGAACUCAAUUGUCAGAUAAGAAAGACAAAUAAAGAAUUAGAAAAUAAACUAGCUACAACUAACGAAAAUAAGUCACCAGGAACUGGUUCCCCUGUUAAGAAAGGAAGCCCUCUACCAGCCCGUAAAGGCAAAAAUGUAGCUUCCAAAUUGAAAUCACCUUGGAGUAACUUGUCUUCCGAAUCAACAUCUCAAGAAGCAGAUAAAAAGUCAAAUAAAAAUGAAAUAACAAAAUUGGAAAUGUUAGUGAAAUCUCUCAACAAAGAGAUUUUAGAAAAGGAAUAUGUAAUAUCUCAACAUCUUUCCUUGAUAGAUGAAUUACGUGCAUCAAAUUCAGAGAAAGAAGUUACUAUUCAAACCCUCGAAAGUGUAGGUAAAGAAACUAAAAUGAAUACUGUAGAUGUUGGUGUUGCAACUGAAUCUAACAUUGUUUCUGACGAAUUGGAAGCUAAAUCAGGUGAACCUGAUGAGUCACUAAAUAUUCUUGAGCUUAAUGAUAAAUUGAAAGCUGCUCAGGAACAGAUUGGUUUGCUUAAUACAGAUAUUGACACUGCCAACAAAAAUAUGAUCAAGGUUAAAUCAAACCACAAAUUAAAGAUCAAGCAAAUGCAAAAGACAAUUGACAACUUCAGUAAAGUAUCAGAUGCAAAUGCUGAGAUUGUGCGGCUUAAUGAAGAAGUGCACCAAUUGUCUCAAAAAGUUGCGGAAUUAGAAGAGGAAAAGGGUAAUUUACAAUUACAUCUUGUAGAUUAUGAUAGCAGCAGAUUAACCGAUACUGAAGUUUACAAAAAAAUGGUUGAAAUGGAAAGUUUGGCAGAAACAAGACUAAAAGCCAUAAGCACAUUGGAAUCACAAAAAUUCGAUCUUGUACAAGAGCUCCAUGAGCUGCAACAAAAGUAUGUUGAAAUGGAAGAUAAAUUAGCAGAUAUGUCUCAAUACCAAAAUGAGCAAGUUUGUUCUGAAAUGAAAUCAGUGCAGUUGGAAGAACAAAUAGACGAACUCAUGGCAUCUAAAAAAGAGUUGGAACUAAUUAUAGAUAAUCUAAAACUAGACAAAGAUCAGUUGAAUGGAAAUAUAAAACGUUUACAAGAAGAAAAAGAAGAAAUUUUUCAUAAGUUAGAACAUUACAUUCAAGAAAACAUUGAUCUUACUGAUAAACUUGAAAAAUUGAGUGCAGAAAAGGUUAGUUCUGCAGAGUCUAUUGAAAUUGUUGAAUCAUUAACAACUCAAGAAAAGCUUGAACUUGAGGAAUACAAUAAAGGCAAGGGGAAUGAACCUCUCGAUGAUGAAUUCAAACAAUCUAUUGAAGAUAGUGAUGGACAUAAAACUAUACAAAAUUUGAUGGAGCAAAGUGUAGAUUUGAACAAAAAAAUUGAAUUGUUCACACAAGAGCGACAAGAAGUUAUGGAAAAGAUGACAAUAAUUCAGACUGAAAAUGAAGAAUUGCUUGGUAAAAUAGAAGAACUAAAUAAUAAUUGCAGCGCUAUGCAAGCUAAUAUCGAGUUAUUAAAUAACGAAAAAUAUGAGUUACACACUUUAAAUAACACCCUUAACCAACAAAUUGAAGAACUGAAACGUGAAAGGUUAGAUAUUAUGAAAGAGGCCGUUGAAGUUUCUAAACCUAGUGUAAUAGAGGAAUCUACUGAAACUGUAUCUGAUUUGCCUCAAGAUGAAAAAUUAUCAGGAGAUAAAGGAAGUAAAACAAAAUCUGUCAAGCAACUUACUAAAGAAAUACUUAAAUUGAAGAAUACUAUAAAAGAAAGGGAGGCGGAAAUUGCUGAUUGUCAAAUGAAAAUAUUGUCUUUGGAAGAGAAUCAAGAAAAGCAAAAUGAAAUUUUGCAAGCUAAAUCGUCGUACGAAGCUAAAAUUAAUAUUUUAACUGACGAGAACCAACAACUAAAAGAAAAAUUGGAUCAAAAAGAUAAAGACAGUGAUACUCAAAAUGAAUACUUGCAUCUGAAAAAUAGCUAUGAUGACCUCCAAACAGAAUUACAAAAAGUGCAUAGUGAAUAUGCAUCUGCACUCAGUGUUAGAGAUGCUCGAGUAAAUGAAUUGGAAAAUUUGUUGCUUGAGUAUGAAAAACAAGUAUUCAAUUACAAUAACACUUUGCAGCAAAAAGACAAAGAACUCACUGAAUACAUAAAUCAAAUAACGAAACUAAAUGAUGUUUCUCAAAAACUGAAAUCUACGAUAGAGAUACUUGAAGAAGAGAAACAUAAUGAUCCUAACGCUGAACUUGUGAAAACGCUGAAUAAACAAAUAGCUGCAUAUCAAAAGAAAUUAUCAGAGAAUGAGGAUAAAUUAAGAAUUUUAGAAGAUGAAAAAGUUCAACUUCUGUCGCUGAAAGGUGCCCUUGAAACUAAAAAUAAUAACCUUGACAUAGAACUAAAAAAAAUGCAAGAUACUUUAAUAGAAAAACAAGCUCUUAUAAAAGAAUUACAAGCGCAGCAGAAGAAAUAUUCUGAAGAAGUAUCAAGUGUAAUGCUUGAAGCUAAAGAGCGCGACGAGGAAAUUCAUGAAAUAAAGUUACAACUACGAAAAGAGUCUAUAGAGAAUGAAAAAUUGCGCACAAUUUUGUCACAGAAAGAGAAAGACAUAGAAGAUUUAAUUUUAGAAAAUGAAGUUGAAAAGAAAAGAAUUGAAGAACAAAGGGUAAUUCUAUCAGAGAGAGACCAAUUGAAAGAACAAUUUGAAGUAGUUGAAGCUAAAAACAAAGAACUGUUAGAAAAGUUAAAGAAAUUUGCUGUAAAUAUAAAGAAAAAAUCAACCAUGUACACUGAACUGGAAAAUCAAUUAAACGAUACCCAAAAACAACUAGAAAUUAAAAAUGAUCAGAUUGAGCAGUUCUUAAUACAAAUAUCGACACUUCCAUCAUUGCAAGAAAAAGUGAAACUUGCAGAAGAAGAGAUAAAUAGACUUCAAUCGUUAAAAAUAUCAUUAGAACAACAAAAGUCACAAGAUGUUGUACAAAUGCAAGCGCAGCUUAAAGACCUCGAAGAGAAGUUGGCUGUAACGUUGGACAAAAUGUCAGAAUUAAAUGAUGCCCUGACAACGUCGCACAGAGAGUUGCAUUUUGUUCAAGAAGAGAACACUAAUCUUAAAACACAAGUUGAUGCAUUACAAAAUAAAAUAGUUGAACAUGAAAUUGAACAAAAGAACAAUUUCAAUUUAAUUACUAAGAUUUCUUCUUUUGAGUCCGAUUUAAACAAAAAACAACAAGAGAUUAAUGAAUUAUUAAGUAGGAUCGAAAUUCAAGAGCAGCAAUUAUUUGGUCACGCUGCUAAAGUGCAAGAAAGAGAUUUAUAUAUUGAAACUUUAGAAGCCGAAAUAAAUAAACACAAAAAUCAUAUCUGCCGUUUAGAAGAAGUUAUUUCAGCCAUGGAGGAUAGGCGACAUUCUCUUGAACGGAAAGCAGAUCAAUUAGAUAGCCAGUUACAAGAAAAACAAAAAGCUUACAGUGAGUAUUCAAGUCAAGAAGAUCAACUGGUUAGUCGGCUCGCAGUUCUUAUGGAUCACGAUAGGGUGGUUGAAAAACAACUAUAUGAAAUUGAAAGUGAUAAUAAAGAACUACAAUAUAAGAUCCAACAUUUAAAUGAAGAAAAUCAAAGACUUAAAAAAGCGCUUUCUGAUAUACAAGAACAUUGCAAUACAAUAGAAGAAAAGGCUAGUAAAACUGAUGCGUAUGAAGCUGAAAUAAUCAAAUAUCAAACACAUGUACAUAAUUUAGAAUCCAAUUUGAAAAAGCUCACCCAAGAUUAUCAAACUCUCUUGGUCCAAAGAAAGCAAGAAAUAGAAGAACUGGAAACUGAAUUCAACACACAAAUCGAAGAUGCUAUUAAGGAGAAAAAGUCUCUAAGUGAGAAAUAUGAAAAAAUUAGUGAGCAUGUUACGAGUUUAGAACAGAAGCUUCAAGAAUAUAGAAAGAAAAUAGAAGAUCUUUGUUUAAAUAUAGAAGAACUAAAUAAAAUAAAUCAGGACCUAAUCGAAAAAUCUGCUAAAAAAGGAGAUGUCGUAUCUCCAGAUUAUACUGAACAGUAUAUUAAUGAAAUAAAUAAUUUAAAUGCUUUGCUCAACAGAAGAAAUGACGAAAUUUAUGAAUUGAAUAAUAAAAUACUGGAAUUACAAAACAAUAAUAUUUCCGUUGUGUCUUCAUUAGAAAACAAGAUAUCUGAUCUUGCCUCAAAAAAUGAAGCAUUUUGUAUAGAGUUAAAUGACAUAAAACAAUCGAAUGAACAGCUUCAAAAACAUAUAGUGCAGAAAGAAGAAAUCAUAAAAGAGAUGAAAGAUAAGAAACGAGUUUCAUUCGAAAUGAAUAUACCUAAAACAGAAGGUAUGGUUAUUUCUUCUACAAUAGAAGCCUUAAGUGAUGAAGAACCUAAAAUAUGUGAUAUGUCAUCCCUUGAAUCCCAAAUAGUCUCGAAUGUAGACCCACAAAUGGAAAGUAAAAAUUCUGCCAUGAAAAUUUCAGAAUAUUUCCAAACAGCGUCAACAUCUAAACCAGACGAUUUUGAGAAAUCGAUAGAACCUCCAAUUGUACCAAAGAAGAGUUAUCUGUGUUAUAAAGGACAAGAUGAAUCUUCAGUAGUAGUUGCUGAUCCAUUUAACUCUGAUGAAGGAUGGGGCUUCGGAGAUAGUGAAGAUUCUGAAGUUGUUCCUGGGAUGUCACAUCUUAACGAACAAGUACUACAGUUGAAAAAAGAAAAUCAGGCGCUCCAGGGUGACUUAGAAGCUAAUAAUGUUAAACUUCUAAAAGCUUUGAAAAAGCUGAAAGAAUUAAAAGCUAGCAAUGACUCAUUAACUAAGGAACUAAAAUUAUCCAAAGAAAUUUCACAAUCAUCAUUUUUGGAUUCGGCUAUUGAAGAUGAGCUACGUUUAAACAUUCAAGGAUUGGAAAAGAAAAUAGAAGAACUUCAGGCUGAUUUGAUGAAGGAAAAGAAGGAAAAAGAAGCUGUUAAAAAACAAAACGAAGUGUUUAAUAACGCCAACGAUAAGUUUGUGGAAAUGAAAGAGAAAAUGGACAACGAAGUAGAAUUAUGGAAAUACAAAUUCAAAGAAGUGAAUGAUAAAUUGUCUUCUAUGCAGUGGGGAUCAAAAGACACACCAGAACAUAAACCAUCAACAGUCCAUUCAUCUGUGCCAGAUAACGUGAGUAAAGAGGAAAUUACUAAACUGGAAAGGGAAAACGAUGAAUUACAACAAUUGGUUGAACAAUUAGCGUCGAAAAAUAAAGAACUAUCUAUUAAACAAGAUAAGAUGACAAAUAAAUUUAAUAACUUACAAAGUCAAAUACAACAAAAGUCAUGUGAAAGUUGCGAAAAUCUAAACAAGCUUAUAUCAGAGUUACACAGCAAUAACCGUGAAUUACUAAAUAAUAACGAGCAGCUUAAGCAAAAUUUAAAUGCAUUAGAAAUGCGCUUCAAUGAAUUGGUCGCGAAUAAUGACAAACUUAAAUCCAGUAAGGACGAAAUGCAAGCUGCGUUUGAAAAAGAUCUAAACGAAAAGUCAGUCGAAUAUUCUCAAUUACAAAUAGAUUUACAAUCUGCGACUGUUUCGGAAAGCGAGGCAAAAAAUAAAAUCGUGGAACUAUUAUCGCAAAUGGAAGAUCUUAAAUCAAAAUUAAAUGAAGAAUUUAAUAAAACCAAAUUGCAAGGAUCUGAUUCAUUAUUGUGGUCAGAAAAAUGUGAUGCAUUGCAAGAACAAAUAAUGGUUAGCCAACAAGAUAAACAGCGCGUUGAAAAAAAUAAUCAAGAACUAUUAGACAAAUGCGAUUUUUACACAGAGCAGAUCCGGAAAUACGAGGAACAGUGCAAGGAUUUUGAAAACAAAAUACACGAGCUCAAUAUCAAGAUCUCUGAAAAUAUUGAUAAUGAUGUAAACUCAGAUGAAAUUAUUAAAUUGAAAGCUAAAGUACAGCAAUUAAAUACUGAAAAUGACGAAUUACUAUCCACUGUUACCGAGUUGCGGUCUUCCAUUGCAAGCGCAGUUGACCAGCGUGGCUUUGAAAUAUCCGAACUAUGGAAACAACAUUUAGCGCAAAGAGAGGCAGAUUUCCAGAAAACCGAACAGGAGCUUCGAUCUGAGUUAAAUGCUGCUGAAUCUAAAUAUGAGCAAUUGCUGGAUAGUGUUCAAUCAUCAAGCCAAGAAGAGACAAAUAAACUUAUUAUGAUCGAACAGGUCAACGCAUUGCAGACUAAAUUAAAAGAUAAAGAAGAACAUUUGAUUAAUUUACAAGACAAGUAUGCAGAAGUUAUGAAUCAGUUGGAUAUGCAACGUUCAGAGCUUGAAGAUGAAAAAAUUAUGCAUGACAAUAAACUAAUUACACAGCAGGAUGAAUAUGAAAAACUUAUGCAUGAAUUGAGAGUCAAACAUCAACAGUCUGUAGAAGAAUAUGAAGAGAGUUCCAAAAAUCUACAAUCUGAAUUAACUGCUACGAAAGAUCAAAAUGAUUUAUUAAAUCAAAAGUUAGAAGAUGCUAUCAAUAAAAUGAUGGACUUAGAAAAUAGGAUCACAGAUUUGGAUAAUGAUAUUAAACUGAAAGAUAGUGAAAUAUACCGAAAAACUUUAGAAUACACACAUAAUUUAUCUCAAAGAAAUGAAGAAUUCGAAAAUGUCAGGAAACAACUCAUAGAAUAUGAAAAGAAAGUAGAAGAUAUAACUUACGAAAAAGAAUCGGAACUUGCUAUUUUACGUUUAAAAAUACACGAAAAUACAGAACACUACGAGGGUAAUAAAAAUGAGUUGGAAGCUGAAAAGGAUAGUUUAAAUGAAGCCUUAAACGCAAAAAUCGUAGAGUGCACGAAUUUGAAUAAGUAUAUUACAGAAUUGAAGCAAGCAUUAGAAGAACAUUCGAAUAAUACAGCAGAAAUGCAAUUAGCAUUAGAAAGCCAAGAGGUAGAAAUAGUGACGCUAAACGAUGAGAUAGCUAAUUUGCAAAAGAUGAUAAGCGUGUCGGCUGGCAAAAUUGAAAAACACGUGACAUUUUCCUCUGAUACGAAACCGGAUUCGGAGUCGGAAUCACCUGAAACGCUGAACAAGGAGUUACUAGAUGCUGUUCCUAGAGCAGAACUGGACCUCGCUUUGUAUAUGUUACACCAACGAGAUGUGCGCUGUGAAGAACUGACAAUGGAGCUCACACAGUUAUUGGAAGAGAGAGAUACUUUACAGCUACGUCUAUCCGACAGCCUUCGUUCAAAUGAAGAACUCAAAUUGAGAUGUAAAACUGCUGGAAUCGACGACUCUUUCGAUUCUAGCCAGGAGACAGUAACGGAAUUACCCAGUAUCUCAGUAGACAAAGAGCAGCAGUUUGUUGACAUUCAUCGCGGCCAAACAUCGCGCAGCAGCAGCAUAAGUGAUCCUGACGGAGAUAAACCAAAACUACAAGCUAAAUUAUCGGAGCUGCGCAGCGUGAAGCACAGCCGGGACGUGAGGCUGCGGCAGGAGAGUGAGCAGCGACAGCUGGGGCUCCGCCUCAUGCAGCGCGACGUGGCACUGCUGCCGCCUGAGGCGCGCGACCAGCUCGCGCAGGCGCACCACACGCUCUCACGAGAUUCUCAGAGUACGUCCACUGUUUUGCUGAAUUGGCUUCGAGGAAAGAGUACACCAAAAGUGGUCCAUAUGUGAGUUAAGAGCUUCAGAAAUUUCCAAAUAACAAUAUCCAGGUAAACUGCCGAGCGUAUGUUUCUAGUAGGGCUUAACUCUGUUUUCUUACAAGUCUUAUGCAAACAAUCUUACCAUGUCCUUUUAUGAUUUUAAAGAAAUAUAGGUAAAUAAUUUUGAAUACACUUUUUAGGAAAUUACUGUCGUGAUUAUUAAAUGUUUUUUUGCUUUAGAUUGUAUAGAUUUGAACUACUAUUUGAUUUAUUCUUAAUUUUUUGAUUUGGUUUCAAUAAGUACUGUGAAGAUUGUUUACAUGUUUGUUACUUGUUAGAAAAAAAUGUGGUUAUAUAUUUUGUUGAUGUUUACUAUCGAUUGUACCUGUCAAAACUAUAAUUCUAUCAAUAAAGAGGGUAUUGCAUUUAUAUAAAUUUCCAUAACGAUACAAUUUUAAAAUGUUUGUAGAACAUUUCAUAAAUUGUGGACACCACUCUUGUCCACUGAAAGAUAUUUAGCGAUAGCCUGUAUUUUUUUCGUGAUCAUAUUAUGUUAGGUAUGUAUAAUCAUUUUGGUCAUCAUCAUUUCGAUUAAAUAAUUUAGUUUAUGUAGGUUCCUUUAUAUUCGUUCAGUCUGCACUACUUUCCAACUUAUUUUAGAAUAUGAUAACUAUUUACUAGAAUUUGUUUAUUUUUUUUUUCAUCAUAAAUUCAGCUAUCGGACUAAAUAUCUGCGACAAAUACGAACGAACGAUUUUUAUUUGAAAUUUAAAACCAAUUGAUGCAUUCCUUUCCUACAAAUUUUAGUUUAGUUCAAUGGCUAGAAUACUAGACUUUCUGCUUCGUCCUUCCCCAUUCUUGUAUAAUUUCUUGUUUCCAUUUUAUUAUUAUGCACAUACUUAGACAUUUAACAUUGGAACCAGUUAUUUUUAUUGCAAAAUAUAAUUACUUUAUAGUAACGUUCCUUUCAGAAAUAAUGAAAAUAUUUCUAUAUCUGUGUGAUUGUUUAAUUCGGUAAUAUAUGUUUUAAGGGUAUUCAAAUGAUGGCUUUGUUUUUAAAAUUUUAAAAGUCCAUAAAAUAAUGAGAACAUCAAUUCGAAGCGUGCCUUCUCGUUCAUUACCAAGUGUAAAUGUUAUUGAAAUGUAAGAACGAAAUUUUUCAUAGAAUCAUUAUUAUUGAUUGUAUAUAUAUUUUAUCAGGUCCGAUAUGAAUGAGGAUCCUUGUAUAUGACAUUGUAAAUUUGUUUUGUUUUUCUUUUUCAUUAAACUAUAUUUCAAAUAA